AUGGCGACCAAACAGGCAAAGAAGAGGAAUAAAAUCCAAAUUUGCAAAAUCCCACAGAUUAUUGGAUCGUUUUACGCUAAGCAUUUUGUGUUGAUUCGCUAUAUACGUGAGGUCCAACAAGAUAAAGCUCUCAAGCUCAUCCAAGAUGGCGAUCCUGACGAGUAUCGACUUCUUCUGAAAACGACUUUGAUCGCGGUUCCGCGGGAUCAGCCAGUCACGCCGCCAUUUAAGCCAAGUAAAACACAAUGGUUUACCCUUAAGGAAAUAACUGUUAGAGUUAUUGAACACUUUUGCCGUGGGAACAAGACAAAUGUUUUAGCAUACGGCUUUGAGUCGUUGACUGGAUAUGGAAAGAAGGGAAUAGUGGCUGGGACGGUUGGAAUCCAGAACAGCUAUCCCAACACUGUUGUAAGUUAUUUGCGAACAGCGAGAGCCUGGAAGCUGCUUCACGAGCGUAUAGGAGACGACUUGAUGAUCCAUUUGUUACAAAAUUUGUCCAUAUUUGCCAAGGUGAACUCGUGUUAUUUCCAAGUCGCUGGUUAUCCCAUAACGCGAUUGAGUAGAAUGACAUCAGCAGAUGUGUUCACUCCACUUCCCGUAAAAAAAGCAGAAGAAACAGUAGAAGAUAGAGGUACUUUGAAUGCGAUAUUAAAUCGAAAAUCGAGAAGAGGUGGCAAGCGAGCUCGGAGAUAUCGUGAAAAUGUCAGAGCCAAAGUAAACUGCUCUGAAUUAGCUGAUGCAAUUUCAACUACGGAUCACCCGCCUGUAUUCUCAAGAGCUCCUGUCCAAAUGAACGCAAACAGUAGCAGUGUUGUUACUCAUCUCGCUGAAGUACCCCAGAGCAGUGGAAAACGAAAGCGUGACAGUUUGGACAGCGAUGAUGUUUCAAGAGAUAAUCCAAAUCCAUCUAAAAAGCAGUCAAGCACAAAUUCUAACGUCCUCAAAAGUACCUCGCCCUUGUUGUCGGAAGACGGUCUGAUCAAUGUUGAAAUUACAGCAAAGUCAUUCUUGGAGAGUGCGACAGCUGUUACAGUUGCUGAUGCAGAUCAGGCUAAAGUUGGGAAAGAAUUUUCCGAUGUAGUAAUGUCAAAUACCACUGACCUUGUAGAUUCAUCUGAAACUCAGGGUAGCGUUAUCAGCAAAACCUCUCGAGAACAACCAAAGGAGCCGAGAUUGAAGUAUCAGGGUGGUCUGGUUUUCCCACAGCCUGUCGGUGUUGAGGAACAAACACAUGUUCAAACUUUGAAAAGAAAGAAAUCUGUUUCUAUUGCAGUGAGGGUCGAGAACGAGAAGAAUGAAGCGACGGGUGGAAGUAAACCGUGGAAAUAUCUGAUCAAGUUUCUUCGGAAAGGAAAACAAAAGGGGACUGCUCAGAGUAACAGCCAGCUUAAAGAGGCAAGUAAACAGCAGAUCGAUGACAGCAGAGGAAGCUCAAGUUUGAAGAAAAACAGAAAGAGUAUCUGUUUGAACGAGAUGUUAAUACCUCGCUCAAAAAUGUUUUAUACCUCGAAUCUUUCCCAAACGUUCCCAAAGAACCAUAUUGUGGAGUCAUUACCUGUGAGUAUGGCUGGAGCGCGCAAGCUGGCUCAACAUAUUUUUCUGCAAGGUACGUUUUUAGGCGCCUGUGGCGAUCGGGGAGGGAUGAAGAAAGAUGAAAGAAAAGAGCCAAAUGUCAACAUCGUGAAUCAGGCAGCUGUUGAAAAACCUGAUGGGUCUAAUACUCUGAAGCUUACCCCACGGAGGAAACAGAAGCCUUUUCGUCUGCCAAAGAGGCUGAAGACUAUAGUGCCAAUGUUACACAAGUUCCUGGCAAGGCACCACAAGUGUCCAUUCAGAACCUUGGUAAAGCUGUAUUGCCGUUACGAUUUUGGAAGACCGGUGAUCAAAAGUGGAAAAAAGAAAAGGAUGCUGGAAAGAAUUCCUUUUGGUGUAAAGAUGGUUUAUCACAAGCUAUGUCUAAAGAGUCGGGCGAAGUCUACUCAAAGGAAGCGUCGCGCCCAGAGAAAAGUAAAGGUUGACGUAGUGAGGUAUCGUCGAGCUGUUAGUAUGUUUACAGAACAUCAUCAGGUGGUUGGCUUCCUGAAGGGUAUAUGUAAGAAAGUAGUUCCAAAAGAAAUUUGGGGGUCUCCAGGAAACAAAGAAACAUUCUUUCGAAAUCUGGGGAAGUUCAUCCGCCUCUAUCGAGCGGAAAAGUUCUCUCUUGCUCAGAUGAUGUCAGGAAUCAAGGUUUCUAGCUGCAAGUGGCUUCAAUUGAGGAAGAGCGGAAGUGGAAAGCGCGUUGCAUUGUCUGACUCUGUGAAGCAGUUGGAACUUUUAGCGCAGUUCAUGUGGUGGUUGGUGAACAGUUAUCUUAUGACUGUGCUGAAAACCUUCUUCUACAUCACAGAGACUGGCAUUCACCGUCAGAGGGUUUUUUAUUAUAGAAAGCCUAUCUGGGAAACGAUCCAACAGUUUAGUCUUCGUACAUUUUGUGAUGAAUUCUUCAAGCCGUUGAAAACCGCAACAGCAGAGAACCUACUUCGCGCGCAAAAUUCACUGGGGUUCUCUCUGCUUAGGUUUUUGCCGAAGACGUCAACUGUCCGCCCUAUUACCAACAUGCGUCACUGUCCUACAAGCAAGGAGCUGUCAGUGAAUUCAAAACUGAAGAAUUUGUUUGAAGUUGUUAAGUUCGAGAAAGAGCGCAACCCAGAAAAGAUGGGCACUACAUUGUUUGGGACUGAUGAUCUUUACCGGGCACUAAAGCCGUUUUCCACUCGCUCACGCACUCGUUUGGAGGGGAAACCGCUGUACUUUGUACACGUUGACGUAAGCCAUUGCUACGAGUCUAUCCUCCAUCAGAAACUUUUUGACAUCAUGAAGGAAGUGCUGGAGGAGGAGGAAUACCUCAUUCGACGGUUUGCUUUGUUGCGCAUGUCUGGUGGAAAGGUAUACAGAGAGUUUUCUAAGGACGUCAGUACCGCAGAUGAUUGCCGUCUGUUCCCAGAUUUCUUUCGCUCACUUGUGGUCGAGUGGAAACUGAGGCAAGUGGUCGUUGUGGAUAACGUUUGGUAUGCAACAGAGGACCGCGACAAGUUGAUUAAAUUAUUGGAAGAACAUAUAUUUAAUAACUUCGUCAAGAUUGGUAACAAAUAUUACCAGCAGAAGAGGGGAAUCGCACAAGGUUCCAUCCUAUCCACAAUGCUUUGCGGUUACUAUUAUAGUCAGAUGGAGAGGACCCACCUGUCUGAAAUAGCCCAGGAUACAGACUCCCUCCUGCUAAGAUGGGUGGACGACUUUCUGUUUGUCACUCCACACCGUCGGCUGGCUGACAAGUUCCUGAAUACAAUGCGUGCUGGUAUUCCUGAGUAUGGGUGUGUCAUUAAUCAUGACAAAACGCUGACCAACUAUACUGCAGUCACAGCUGAUGGCCACAAGGUGACAAGGAUUGGAGUGAGCGAUCGUUUUCCUUGGUGCGGCUUUCUUUUGGAUACAGUCACACUUGAAGUUUCACCGGACUUGUCCCGGUAUACAGGGUCCCUCUUAAGGGACUCGUUGACUGUGUCCCUGGAUGCACAUCCUGGUGAAGCCCUUAGUAAGAAGCUCCGGUACUCCGUACGCCCAAAGUGCCAUCCAUUGCUCCUGGACCCAAAUAUGAACACGCGCGAGAACACCCUGUUGAACGUGUUCCAUGUGUUCCUGUUAACAGCGUACAAGUUCCACACUUACGUCAAAGAGCUACCACGAGGUAGCAAACCAAAGGAUAACCCAUCUUUUUUUGCCCGAAUGAUUCUGGAUUUGGCGCAGUAUUUCUACUCAACCAGUGCUCGUAAGUGCCUCCAGCUGUCUCCAAAUGAAAGUGCGUUCUCAUUGGACGAGCACGAAGUCACGUGGCUUUGUUUGUACGCCUUUCAGAUGUGUCUUCGCAGAACGCAGUCUCGAUAUCGCGAAAUUCUGACAUUUCUGAGGAAAAGCUUGUCACAGAUACAUUUGUCUGAUCGGAUUAAACUGCCAACCACUCCUUGGAAUGCAGCUUUGACUAAGCUCGUGCGAAUGAAGAAGAGGUCUCACAGUGCUCUUCUCGAGGAAUCUUGCCAGUGAAAUUCAAGAGAGAACAAAAAGUCAUGGAGGAUCUUAAAAUGUCUGAGGCUUUCAGGAACGAUGUUUUAUUAUAUAUUUGCCUGGACGCUGUGGGGCGUGUACAUGAUUUAGAAUCUGUCAUGCAUCAGUGACCAAUCCAAUUUGUAAACCUAACACAAUGAAAAGAAGCCAAAGGGGAUUUCUUAAAUUUUGUGAUAAUUCUCUCCGCGUGGUUUUAGCGUCGCGUUUCUGUUUUUCAUGAAAUACGGCAACAAAGAAACGUUAUUAGUUUUUCAUUCAGAACAUGAAAAAUUACCACUGCUGGUUUUUAAAUUCUUAGUUUUUCGCCGCAAAUUUAUCAGCAUUUUUGUUGAAACCCUGAAAGUUUUUACGAAGAUUUUCAGCUGUGUCUCGUGAUUUUCAGUUGCGAAUGGUAAUUGUAUCUACCGUGGUGCAAGAUGAUCCGUUCGUUCGGCUGUCAUUCUCCCUGCAUGUGGCAUUUUACUGUUUCCUUUGAGGGAUUUUACAUCUGCCCUUGUCAGUUUGUUUGCUGUAUAUAUUCACUUUCGGUGACAUUUGAAGUACUUUUAGUGCUGAUUAUUUGAGGAAAUAAUUAGUCAGGCCUACCUUUUUAAUCAUUAGUGUAAAAGGUAGCUGUCUUUCCACUGUCUUUCUUGGCGAGUCAUCCAUAAUUUACUGAGGCCUGUCAGAAAUUAGCAACGAUAAGGAUUUAUUUCUUCCUCAAAAGCAGCACUAAGUUCACGGGCUAAAUUAAAAUGAGUCUCUGGUUUGUAACUACAAUUGUUUUCUUUUUUCGUUAAGUUGCCGUAUGGUAAAAGCUUAAUCUUGUCUCAGGAUGGAUUAAGUUCUUGGAUAUCCUAUUCAUGAAUGAAACUGUCACAAAAUUACCUUUUUUCCGUGCAGUACAAUAAUGAAAUUAUUAAAGAUGUUCGCUAUCCUUCUGAAUCAGGGCCAAAUUUUUUUCUUUUGACAACGCAAGUCAAAGCUUUUAUGUCUAGACAAUUACUUCGAUCUAAAUCUUUUCUUUUUCAUUGCCAACAUUAUAUUGUUCUAAGCCAGUUAGGAACUUAGCUAUAUUUAGCUUUCAAUUCGCCAUUACUGUCUUUAAUAUCAAUACCUUUGCAGUGGAUUAUUCUAAUGCUCAAUUUAAUUUAUCAACCCGUUUUGAUCUUGAGACAUUACCGUCCUUCGCCUUUGUUUCUUUCAGUUUCGAUGUUCUGAAAUUUUUCAUCGGGGUUGAGUAGCCGGCUUGCGUGAUGGUUCACGACAGUAAGUUACUAUCUCGCACACUGCGAUGGGGCACUAAAAUAUGUCAACCGCUAAAGCCAUUACGGUUUUAUCUUUGAGGUCAUUUUUUCUUUAUUUUGUUCACGUAAUUCUGUGUCCGCCAAUAUUUUUCAUUAGAUUUUUAAAAAGGAUGAAUCUAAAGCUAGGCAAAUCCGGUUCGUGUGUAAAGAUCAUUGUGCCAAAUAAACUAUCUUUGGUUUUGUGUGAUCGUUCAUCCAAUUACGUCAAGAAAGUAUGCACGUAUUUGUUUCAUUCAAGGACUGAAUUGACAGCAAGAAUUCACCGAU